AUGUACACAGAGUAGCUUCCCCUUGUGAUCGUAAUGCAUGUGUUAGGUUUGUUUAGGCGGCAACUUCAGCGCUUGUUCUAUUACGAUAAAGUUUACGGUAUGAAUAACCACAGAUUGCAGACGACAAGAGUGGAUGAAGUCAGUCCACACGACAGACUUAUCUGGUUUGAUUUAGAGAUGACGGGCUUGGAUAUCACUAAAGACAAGAUAAUUGAGAUUGCCUGUAUGGUUACAAACGGAAAUUUGGAGACUGUUGCUGAAGGUCCUAACAUAAUCAUUCAUCAAUCAGAAAAGGUCAUGUCAUCUAUGAAUGAGUGGUGUCUGAAGCAUCAUGGAGAGUCAGGGCUGACCCAGGCAGUGCUGGAAAGUAGAGUGACAGAGAGAGAAGCAGAAAAAUGCAUCCUGGAGUUUCUGCAGCAGCACACUGAGCCAGGCCUCGUGCCAUUGGCUGGCAAUUCUGUAUACAUGGACCGGCUUUUUCUGCAGGUACACAUGCCACAAAUCGCUAACCACCUUCAUUACCGCACAGUGGAUGUGAGUUCUGUUAAAGAGCUGUGUAGGAGAUGGUUUCCUGAAGAGUUCAAGAAGGCUCCUAAGAAAAAGGAGACCCAUAGGGCGCUUGAAGACAUCAAGGAGAGCAUACAAGAACUGCAGUUUUACAGACAAUCUAUCUUCAAAAUGUCUUGUUGACUCCUGCCUGCUCGUUUCAACUCUAGGUUAAUGAUCUGAAUGAUAAUAGCCUGAUCAGUUACUCUACCACUGAUAUGUUCUACAUCACACAUGAUCAGUCUUUGAGAAAGAUGCUCAUCUGAGGCAGCGGUUGUGAUAAAGUAGUAAGAUGAGUAUUCUGGUUUCUCUUGCCCAAUUAAAUGACUUUUGCAAGAAAUGUGAUGCUGUGACAUAAAAAUACUCUUUGUUCUGUCAAAAAUUCUAUUUUCCUGGCUGUGAAUGCUUUUGGGUUUGGCCUGUGAUAACUAGGUCUGAUAAUCACUGUUGAAUGCAUUUAUCAGCACUUUCACAGCUACCCUUUUGACUGAUUAAAUACAAAUUUAGGGUUUUCAGAUGCCUCUGUAAUCUUUGUCCAGAAUAUGCCAUGCGCUGUUAAUAAUGAUAAAAUGUGAACACAAAAGACUUCACAAAAACAGAAUGCCUAAACACUGCAUUUAUAGUUAAACACUUUAUUUGUAAAGAAAGUAGUAAAGCAAGGUAAUGGUGUGAAAUGUUGAAUCAGCAAAAUAGUAUUUUAAAUAGCGCCUCUUGUAUGCUGGAUAUUGGGAAAGGAUUUUUAGAGGAUGAGCACGUAGCAACUCAUAACACAGACUAUAUACAUACUUUGUAAAUAUCUGUCGAUAUGGGUUAGAGAAGAUUUAUACAUUUUUCAUUUGUAAAAUGGAUUUAAUAUUUAGAACAGUGGCCAAAUCCAUAAAACAUCUGCCAGAACCAUACAA